CUGAGAGAAAUUAAUCAACCAAUAGCAGAUAUUCUUUGUUCCGUUAUAUCAAAUAAAUAGCAGGUUUUACUCACGAAGUAGCUUGCGUUUUCUCUUACGUCUACGUGAUGAACAUUUUCAUUUCUUUUUUUUUUUGAGAUUUUGCUUUAUUUUGUUUCUGAAGUUUCUGCUAUUCAAACGUAUAUUGUGCAUUCGUGAGAAUAUCCACGAAAUCUGAAUCUCAUUUGUUUGCUAAUCAACAAGUGAAUAUUACAAGUAAAGAAUAGCUUUACUGAUUACUAGAUAAUUAAGUCUAUGUAAAUCUGUAAAGAUAAUAUGUCAAGUGAAAGAGCGAAAAAAUAUGCAGAAUCUUUGCGACAAGCAGCUAAUAAACCAAUAGAUAUCGACGAAAAAGUUUUAUUGAGGCUUCCGGAUUAUGUUGAUCAUGAAAAAAUUCGAAGGGCUCAGCAUGUGUUUAGAGAGAAUUUUUUUGCAAUUUUCUAUUCAAUGUAUUUGGGGCUAGUUGCGAUUCUGGCAAUUCCAUCUAUUCUAAAUAUUUUAAUCCAUACUAAAGGAAGUUCAACUAAUUUUACAGCAUAUCGUAGAUAUAUGCAAACAAUUUUUCAUACAUUAUCAUGGUUCAGAAGUGACCUUAAACCUGGAACAAGAGCGUGGGAGUCAAUUGAGUCAGUCCGUAAAAUGCAUUUAAUUUCUAGUCGUUCAGCACAUUUAGCAAAUGUCGGAAUCAUUUCACAAAAAGAUCUUGUUAUUACAUUAUUUGGAUUUAUGGGCUUUACAAUUGUUACCAAAGAGAAAAUUGGAUUGCAUGGCACUGGACAAGACAUUGAAGAUUAUUGUCACUUCUUCAGAGUUUUGGGGUUUUUAACCGGUAUCAAGGAUGAGUACAAUUGCUGCUGUGACAAUAUGGAAGAGACUUAUGAACGGUUGGAAGUUAUUAGAAGUGAAUUUUUAAGACCAGCACUUAAAUCUCCACCAAAAGAAUUUCCAGAAAUGACAAGAUUUGUGGCUAAUGGCAUGUGGUGCUUUAAUCCAAGAGACACUUAUGAUGUCAUGAUUUUUACUAUGAAACGUUUGGUUGGAGUUCCAAAUUACUGGUACACUGAAAAAGAGAUUCCAAAAGGAUGUGACAGAAGUAAGAUGGAAUUGUAUAAAUUAAGCACUUAUGCUAGAUUCAUGAAUUGGUUUGUUGCUUUCAUCCACGAAUAUCUACUUCAAUUUAAAAUUUUCCGGAUGUUCUUCAACAUGCAAACUUUAUUCCACGAAUUCUUGAUCACAACAUUCCCCUUCUUGGCCAUCUACAGUUUUGGAUGGAACAAAGCUUGGGUUACAAUUUUAAAUGAUGAUAAGAAAAGGAAAUGAGGAAAUCCACUAUUCAUUUAUCACAAGAAAAUGAGAAAUUUUAAAAAUUUUCAUCUCUUUUUUCAUUUUUUACUGCAAACAGAAUCUCAAUAAAGCUCUUUCAUUUUUUUUCCGUUGUCAAUCC